AUGGGGACAGCAUCCAGCGACUCAGCCACAGCAAGCACCAGCGUGAGCGCACCCGACAUCCACACUGAGCGGUCGCUGUCCGUGAGCCCUAUCACCGCAUCGCCCUCAUACAACCUCGCAUCUUCGACGUCGUCACUUGGUGCGAAGCCCGAGUCCUCCUUGAGCGUCUUAGGCGCGAUGGAGCCCAGCGCGACGGCAAGCACCAUUGUGGACGUCGAACCCGAUCCGCAGAUCGUGGAGGCGCUGAAGAGCAAGGAUCGAAUUUACGUCCUGAAGCUCGGAGAACAGAUGGAGGCGUUGAUCAAGGAACGCAGGCCGCGGCUCGACCUCACGCCUUCAACAUCAUACCAGCGACUGCUCAUCCAUAGAUGCUCUUCCUACUACAAGCUGUCUUUAGAGAAGGAUCCCGUAACGAGCAGCAUCGCUGUCUAUUACCGCACAGAAAGUCGGAUCCCUGUGCGACGUAUCUGUGAACUUGUACCCGUGGAGGACUCAGCGCAACCUGCGUUCCAGAUCAUGCGCCGCCCGGAUCGUGGCCCUCGCGGCCGACAGCACUCCCAUCCUAGCUCUACCGCAGGUGAGGAUGCGGACACGUCCGACGUGGAUGCGUCUGAGGCUGGCAGCAUCGGCGGAGUUAGCAGCGCUGCUAGUACUAGCGCCAGGCGCUACAAAACGAUAGAGGAGCGCGAGGCCGAGUACAACCAGGCUAGGUCACGAAUUUUCAUGGGCUUCGAGGAUAAGAAGGAGAAAGAAAAGGAUAUGAGCGCGAACUCGUCAACGUUCAGCCUUGUCUCUGGGUCAGGUUCGACGAGUGGCGGGCGCGGAAGCAGCAUCGGAGACAUUGACGAUUCGGCCAGCUCUGCUCCAACGGAGAGCGAGUGGUCGGGACCGGUCACCCGCGAUAAGAGGGAUAGCCGAAGGGGUCCUAGUUCGACCAACUCUUCGGUGAGAUCGUUGAGGUCCUCGGUUGCAUCCUUCAACGCCAACGGUUCCGGUUCCUCUCGCAACUCGCGGGCAACGUCGCCAUCGUUCACAUACCCCACGCUCUAUGAGCCGGCAUCCAGCUCACCCUACGAGCAGGGACAGCUGGGUAACCCUCAGCCCCCGCCGCCUUCAGGCUACGUCAGCCAAUACGUCUACCCUGCUUACCAGCCUCACCCUCCUGGACAGCAGUACAUGGGUCAGUAUUAUUACCCUCAAUAUCACUAUCCGCCUCCUUCUGUCCAGCAUACCGAUCCUGUCACGCCCGGGGGUCCCGACGCGAUGUAUCAGCCUCCACCUAAUCCACCGCCGCAGCCCUCGUAUCCUCCACCCUACAUGUGGUCUAACUCGUCGUCGCCUGGCCAACAGCAGCCGCCUCCUCACCCACAUUUCCCACCGCAGCAUCCUCAGCCUGGCAUCCCAACCAGCCAUUAUCCCGACAGCCAAUCGCAAGGACACCCGAUGCUUCCUCCGAUGCAAAAUCCCUCACAAUUCCCAUCCUAUGCUCCAGGUCCCACACCGUAUGGGUACGGCAUGCCUAGUUACUACCAGCAACCGUACCAACCUGGUGCACUGAUGGGUCCGCCUCCGCCCCCGAUACCUAGUCAGAUGUAUCACUCAGGUCCUAUGCCGGACCCUGUGGGAUCGAACACGGGCCACGGCAUGGACGGGCACCACAUAAGCAGGACAUCUUCUCGGAACAGCAACGGCCACGGUAGUAUCAACAACAAGCGUGGUGGUGGUCCUCGAACGCGUGGUUCUUGGACGUAUGGCCCCGGCGCUGGUGCCCCCGGAUUCAAUCAUAAUGUCGGUGGGCUGCCCAACGGCAUGGCUCAGAAUGAUGCAUACGGACCUCGCCUUAGCACAAACAUGAGGCGCCAGUCCGGCACGUCAAGCGGCGGAAGUGCUGGCGCUAGGACCCCUGCGGACGAGACGUCAUCAACAGCGUCGUCUUCUACGACUUCUUCCUCUUCACGGCGCACGUUCACCUCUACGUCGACUUCAUCCAAGCAUCCCCUCCCGGCACGCCCCGAUUGGGCCGUUGGACUCAAGCCGCAGCAUCCAAGACACCACGAUCACCACAACGAUGCCGCCUCGCGCACAAUGUCGCCCGCGAGGAUGGGCGGUGGGCCACCUCACCAUCAAGCGCAGCCUGCUCUCCAGCCUAAUGAUUUCCCGCCACUAUCUUCCGUGCCCGCAACGCGACAGCCUGUCGUUGGUGGCGCUUGGACAAACGCGUCUUUGUCGCGCGUCAUGCUGCCUGGGCCGCAGGCAAACACGAAUCCUCAAGGUACAGCGCUCGUCCAUUACCCCACAUCGCAGACCUCGAGCCCGCAGGCCCCGUCAGCACCUGUACCUACGGCCCUCGGGAGGUUGGACGAGCGAGACCCCGCGUUUGAGCGGCCGCCACCUAAGAGCGCUGAGCUUUUCAACCCGAAGGCUGGCGGUCGCAAUGGUAAUGGCAAUGGCGGCCGCGUGGAGAAUGGACGGAGUCGGGCGAACACGGGAGCUAGUGCUGCAGGUCUCGCAGACAAGCUGAACUUCAUGGUUUUGGCUGAUCCUGAGGGGAUUGGGCGCGAUGUCCCGCUUUCUGUUCAUGGUGCCAGCAACGGAGAAGUAGCUGUGGCUAUGGUUGCAGGGGACACUGCCGCCGCGCUCUCAUAG